GGCACUGAGGCCGCUGUCAGACAGCUACCAAAACCUGCCAGCUGCAGUGGUGUUGCCAACUUCCGCUACCAAUACAAGUUGGAAUCGGGAUGGUCCGCCAUGAAGAUUGCCGGUGGUCUCAAGCAAGUGCGCACCAUCGUGUGGGACACCGAGGGCAACAUGCUGGUUUCACAAAACACGCGUGGCAUCUCUGUGCACACAUUUGGAGAUAACGGGUGCAUCAAUAGCACCACCAUGCUUAUAUCUGGCAACCAAAUCAACCACGGCCUUUCCAUCACUCCAGACGGCAAGACACUCUAUGCCAGCAGUGAGACAACGCUGUGGAGCUGGGCCUACGACCCCCUUACCCGCAAGAUCAGCAACCAAAAGACCAUCGUCAGGGGCAUGUCAACCGGCAUCCAUUCAUCGAGAACGGUUGCCGUAGUCCCCCAGCAGCCCAAUCUCGUGUUGCUGCAAGUUGGGUCAAACUCCAACUUUGACAUGGCAUCUCAGCAGCCUGGCACUGGCAGGGCCAUCAUCAAAAUCUUUGACGCCAGCAAGGCACCUAGCAACGGCUUCAACUACAAUACCGAAGGGGAGGUCUCUAGGACUUUGCCCGAACUGAAAAUGGGCAGCGCCGCGAUAUUCACAUCGAUAACCCGGCCGAGAAGCUCAAUAACCGUUAGUCAUGUCGUGACCUACCGUACCCAUCCAUGUUCAUUGACUAACAUGGUGGCAGUCGGUGACCCCCUUACCGUUCGAAAUGCUUGGUACGGAUAUCCGACCUGCUUUUCUGUCUGGAACCCGGCCAACUUCCCCAACUCCAAUCUCAAGACUGGCUCCCACUUUGUAGUCUCACCAAACUCGUCCUAUAACGAUGCGACCUGCAACGGUCGAGCAGUGCCACCCCGGCUGACCUUCCAAGCGCACUCGGCCCCCAUUGCCAACACAUUUGAUUCCGAUGCAAAGAAUAUGUAUGUCACGUUCCACGGGAGCUGGAAUCGACAGCCUGCCACAGGCUUCAAGGUUGUCCAGAUUCCCUUCACAAAGUUGGCCAAUGGAACGUACGAACCUGUUGCCCCGGCCGACAGCAUGACGGGAUACAAGGACAUUUUCUCGGCACCAAACCCAGGAAGCUGCACUGCCAAUGGGCUAACCAUGAGCAACUGCUUCCGCUUGACAGCCGCUGCUUGGGAUCCGGCGGGCAGAGGGUUGUUUGUGGGAAGCGAUAACAGCGCCGAGGGCGAGAUUUAUGUCUUGACUCCUAAUUAG